UUACUACCAUGUCUACAUAAAUCAGUCUUACUUAUUCGAAUCCACAGUUCAUUUCUACAUCGUCCAUCGCCAUGGCUCGCCAAUCUGGUAUCAUGCUCUACAAUGAGGCUUAUGAUCACUUCGCUGCCGGCCGGAUCCGCGAAACCAUCGACUGCUACAGAAGAGCGGUCAUCCAAAUCGUAGCGAACGAGAACAUCCAUCAGCAAGUGGGGAAUCAGCUCCCUCCGACGCAUGCCUCCGAGCUGCUCGUCUUUAUCUGGCAGAACAUGGUUUCCUUCUUCAACCGCUCCGCGCACGAAGGGUUCACGCAAGAAAAUUACCCGGAAGCCUAUGAACUGAUCUAUGCAUAUCGUCCGACUUCCACACUGUCCUCACACCCCAACUUCAAAGGCUCCCCGGCCAAGUUGAAAUUGCUGAAGGCUAUGCAGAUCAUCGCAGGCCUGACGCUGGGCCUCAUGGCAUGGGAAAAGGGCGACCGCCCGACCGCCGCAAAACGCUAUAAAGAAUCCCUCGACGCUGCUGCCGCCUAUCCGACUUUUACCGGGGAAAGCACGCCCGAGACCAAUCUCGAUUGUGCGGUCGCGUUCAACGUCAAGCAGAUGAAAGACAACCUUGCCAUCCUUGUCAGCAGAGAUGCGCUGCUGGCAGGUGAGCACAGCGGGCGGAAAGAGGUCCUCGAAUUGAGGAACUCGCGCGUCGCCGAAGACGGUACCCUUGAGCCCCAGAACACGUUCACUGUUUCAACCGAUCCCUGUGGAAGAGAAGGGUGCGGCAAACGAGGGGUCGGAUACAAACGAUGCGGAGGGUGCAAACAAGUGACCUACUGCGGGGCUGAAUGUCAAAAACUAGACUGGAAGGCAAAACACAAAACUGCAUGUCGCCUUCAAGCCAAAGAGUGAACUACGCGGAACGCAGAAUUUCCAAAUGGGUAUUGUCACAUGUAACAUAUGUAUAUCAGCACAACUGUACUAUGGCAUAAUGUUAUGCUAACAAUCAUCUCAUCGCUGUAUUCCCGCUGACUAUGAAACGUCGGCCAAAUUGCCACCGGCCGCACGCUCGACUCCCUUCACCAUCUUCUCCAACUUGUUUGCCUGCUGGGGACUCGGUCCGUCUUCGUCUUCGUCCUCUGCACUGGCAGGCCCCUGGACCAUGACUCGAGCGACAAAUGCUGCGAUCGCUUUCUCUCCGACUUCACCAUGGGCACGAGGACCCCAGCGCCACUCAUAAGCCUGGCCGGAUUCUUCAUCCUGAGUUACCCGUCCUCGCUUGCCUUUGCUCUUCUUCCCUGUUUCGCCGACCUGAAUGCGCUCCAGAUAGCCCUGUCGUACGAUGAGAGUCAGGUAUUCAUCGAGAGUCAUCUCCCGAUGAGUCGAGAGGGCGGAGAAUCGGAUCUUCCCGCCGGCGGUCAGUCCGAGUCGGCGCAACUGGCUGUACUUACGAUCACCCACGACGCGCCCGUUCACAAGGACUAGUGAAAGUAUGGUAUAAAGAAUCCCCAGAGGACCAACUUGGUCUGCCUGGGCCCAAGAGAUGAUGGUUCCCGAGCGGCUUCCUGAGUCGUCCUCCUCGUCGUCAGAGGGCCCAUCCACUGCUUCCUCCUCUAGAAUAUCUUCAUGAACGAUAGAAGCCUGGUCGAGAAGCCUUUGGUUCAGGACAGAGCGUACGAUGAAG